UUGUUCAUUUUAGUAGCUGGGUCCUGGGGGCUCAGAAUUUCUACAGGACAGAUCUUAAUGGUACUUGGAGUUCCAUGUGACUUACACAUUUUGGAAAUACCGUAUAAGUGGUUUCUCGGAGGAUGUAUAAUGCUAUUUUAAUCAGUUUCUCUGGAGUGAAAAUACUUAAGUCUUAGAUUGUAUUAGUUGGGAUACAAAUAUAUUAUUUGGACAAAUAGAAAUUAUUUUGAGUAGUAUGAAAUCAUUUGAAGUAGCUUAUUUAUCCAUUAUAACAUCGAAUGCUUCUUGAGUGCUUGAUUUAUAUGUGGCCUGUGAUACAUACAACACAAAAUUUAUAGAGGAACAAGAAGCUAGAGUAUUACCUUCAACAAUAUUCCUAAAAAAAAAAAAAAAAGAAUAUUCCUGCUCCAGAAUAUAUUGCCUUUUUAAUAUGGAAUGCCAGUCUAAAAGCUAUGCAUUUUAGGUGGUAUUUGUGGAAUUCUUUAAUUAUACCCAUCGGAACAUGGGUACACUUAGGUGACAGAUAAGUCUUGAUAAUUUUUAUAAUCUGUUGAACAAAAAUAUCUUGCCAAUUAUAGUAUUUUUACAUUAUUGAAAAAUUUAUAUUUAUUAAAUAGAUCUAAAUAUGCAUGAAAAAUUUAUAACAAAUGUUGUCUAAGAUUUUGGUAUUAGCUCCUCAUGGGCGACUUGUUCCUUUUUAAAUUUUUUUCCUAUUCUAGAGUGGAAUAGAGAAUUUAUUUCAAAUUUUUCUUUUCUCCAGUAAUGUGGAAAAAUAUGUCACCUGGUUUCCUGGCUCAUGAAAGCAAAUUCUGUUCAGAUUUGUGCCAGAUAGGAUAGAUGUAUGACCAGCUACUUGAUGGUUUGUACUGUCUCUUCCAGACCUUUACUGGCCCAGCCCAGGGGCCAGUAGAACUGAGCAGUAUGCACAAGAUGAUGUCAGGUUGUGUGUCUAUCAGAUAAAUUACCCAAGUCCAUUAAAUAUUUUUAUUUAAUUAAAUUUGAUUAAAAAUUAAAAUAAUUUUUCUGUAAUUAGAUUUGUAUAUUUGAAGAUUAUAACAGCCAUUGGCUUCAGACCUCAGGAAGUAACAUGAAUAGGUUGCUUGCUUCAAAAUUGUUUGACUAGAAAAUGUAUUCUUUGUUCCCUGUUUACCAGGAUAUUCCAGGUGAGCCUCUGUCUUGCUCCAUUCUUACUUUUGUAUCAUUGAUUAUGGAGGCAACUGCUACCUAUUUUCCAUGGUCAUUAUUAGAGUAAUUUGUAUGAAUGCCUCUGGCUGUAAUGUGCUGCUUACUUUGAAGUCUCAAAGUUAACAUGUGGAUGUUAUGUUUAUCUUAUGUUUAGGAUUUAUGAAAAUGGAAAAUUAUGAGGCAUUUGUAGGCUUUGAUCUCUGUGAGAUACCACUCUCCAGUGUUGCACAGAAGAUCAUGUCUGCUAUGCAUUCAGGUGAUUUAGUGGAGUCUCAGAAUUGGAGAGAGAAUGAAAAGAAAGCUGCAGAAGUGGUAAACAGUUCCUGUAAUGAGUAUAGAGUACUUCUUGAAAAGGAGAACCAAUCACUGGAAAAAAGGAAUCUUAAUUCCUCUACAAGCCAGGCGUCAGGUGUGUCCAUCAAGCUCUGUCUUCCCACCUCCAGUAUCAGAAUCACAGAUCAGCCAUCAGCUGACCGAAACCAGAAGAACAUCAGCUCAUUGGCUCCUCCCAGUUGUUUCAUUCCACAGUGUAACCAAGAGGCUUCAGUCCUACAGAAAACAGAGUAUAAAAGAAAGCAUUUCCUAAAGGAAAAUAAAAAUAAUGAAGAGAAAGAAAUGCCCAUGAAUCUUAAAAGAAAAUGUAGUACAUGUCAUUUUUUAGUGAAAACAAGUAAACAUGUGGCAUUGGAAGAAGAUGCUGAUGAGGUUGAAGCCCACUUACACUGUGGGAAUGCAAGGGCAUGUGGAGACCAUUUUUGUGACAUUAGGUAUUUGGAUGAUUUGGAGAAAAGCCAGCUGGUUGAGAUGCUCAAACAGGCAGUGGCCAUGGUCAUAACGCUGAUGUAUGAGGAUGGUUCAACCCAGCUAAGAGCUGAGCAGGCUCUGGUUCCCUCUGUUAAAGGAAUUGCAGUGUUACUACAGAGCCGUAUAAACGGCAGCGGUCUUCUGGAGGUCUCAGCCUCUGACAGUGUCCUGGGGGAAGGCCUCACACUCCAUGAGCAGUAUAUCUACCUUGAAACAGAGCAGUCUUCCACUGGGGGCCAAGAGCAAGAAGUAUAUAAUCAGUUUGCCAGGAAAGUUCUGUUUCAAAUGCUGAAAUGUAAAUGUCCUGUUAUUUGUUUUAAUGCCAAGGACUUUGUGCGAACAGUACUACAGUGUUUUGGUAAUGAUGGCAGCUGGAAGCAUGUUGUUCAUUUUGUAGGGCUUGAUCCCAGAAUUGCUGCCUGGCUUAUAGAUCCUGGGGAUGCUGCACCCUCUUUUGAAGAUUUAGUGGCAAAAUACCUUGAAGGCUCCAUCUCUGUUAACGUGAACAGCACAUAUGGGAAUUCCUCAAGAAAUGUUGUGAAUCAGAAUGUACGUGUGAACCUGAAGACACUCUACAGACUUACGAUGGGCCUUUGCUCCCAGCUGAAGGUUUAUGGUUUAUGGCAACUAUUUUGUACUUUGGAGCUUCCUCUGAUACCAAUUUUGGCAGUGAUGGAGAGCCACAGCAUUCGGGUGAACAGAGGAGAGAUGGAGAGGACUUCAGCCCUGCUGGGGUCUCGUCUCAAGGAACUGGAGCAAGAAGCCCAUUUUGUUGCAGGAGAGCGGUUUCUUAUAACAAGUAAUAAUCAGCUUCGAGAGAUCCUCUUCGGCAAGCUAAAACUGCACCUGCGGAGUCCCAGGGAGACUCUUCGUAGAACAGGGCUGCAGAAAUUCCCAUCCAUGUCAGAAGCCGUGUUAAGUGCUCUGCAGGACCUUCAUCCAUUACCCAAGAUAAUUUUGGAAUAUAGACGGGUUCACAAGACCAAGUCAGCCUUUGUGGAUGGAUUACUAGCUUGCAUGAAAAAGGGUUCCAUUUCCUCUACUUGGAAUCAGAUGGGAACUGUGACCGGAAGACUUUCAACCCGGCACCCGAAUAUCCAAGGUAUCUCCAGGCACCCAAUUCAAAUUACUAAACCACAGGAUUUUAAAGGUCUGGAGGGCACAGUGCUCACCAUCUCCCCGAGGAGCAUGUUCAUUGCCCCCGACGGCCACACCUUCCUGGCAGCAGACUUUUCACAGAUUGAAUUGCGCAUUCUUACACACUUAUCUGGGGAUCCGGAACUUUUGAAGUUAUUCCGGGAAUCUGAAAGAGAUGAUGUAUUUUCCACCCUGACUUCACAGUGGAAGGACAUUCCCCCAGAGCGAGUGACGCACGCAGACAGAGAGCAGACCAAGAAGGUGGUGUACUCAGCGAUCUAUGGAGCAGGGAAGGAGCGGCUGGCUGCUUGCCUUGGAGUUACUGUGCAAGAGGCUGCCCUGUUCUUGGAGACUUUUUUACAGAAGUACAAGAAAAUCAAGGACUUUGUCCAAACAACCAUUGCCCAGUGCCACCAGACAGGCUACGUGGCAUCCAUCAUGGGCAGAAGGAGACUGCUGCCACGGGUCCACGCACACGACCAGCAGCUGCGGGCGCAAGCUGAGAGGCAGGCCGUGAACUUCGCGGUGCAAGGCUCAGCUGCAGACCUCUGUAAGAUGGCCAUGAUCCGUGUCUUCACCGCCGUGGCCGCUUCCCCUACCCUGACGGCCAGGCUGGUCGCCCAGCUUCACGACGAGCUGCUAUUUGAGGUGGAAGAGCCACAGGUUCCUGAGUUUGCAGCUCUAGUCAGGGGGACCAUGGAGGCCCUGCGGGAUGUGCCGGCCUUGCAGCUGCAGGUGCCCCUGAAGGUGAGCCUGAGUGCUGGCCAGUCAUGGGGCCACUUGGUGCCACUGCAGGAGGGCCCCGGGCCCUCGGCCCAGCCCACGUCCCGCUGAGUCUCCAAGCAACCACCCUGCCACCGCCAGCCCCCUUGUCAGCACCUACCUGGUGCGUGCAUUUUUCGCCUUCAUUUUGUCUGUAGCCCCAGGCAACAGUGGGAGGAGAGAACUG